UCUCUAAAACGUCCCAGAGACCAAAACAACACCAUCGUGCUGCUGAAUAACUGCAGAUUUAACGCAGAUUUAACUCAUAAAUAAGAUAUUUUUAGACUUCAGAGAUCCGUCACAUCGUGUCCUGUGACACUAAGUGAUGGCGGAUCAGAAUCUUGAGUCUAAGUUGAAGCAGCGUCUGAAACAGGAGAAGAUUCAGCUCUGGAUUCCUCCGUACACCGAGGAGGACAACCGGCCGGGAACCAGACACAUGCAGGACCUGGCAGAGCGCUUCGCCCCCCUGCUGUGUGUCGAGGCUCUUCAGGUAGAAUCCGCUCUGGAGGGAAUUCGUGUUCAGACUGUGAUUCGCUGGAGAGGAAACCAAACGUUCAGAGAGACCAGCGUUGCCUCCGUGGAGCUGCUGCUGCCCCGAGGCUGCAAGACGGAUCCAACAACAAAGAACUACCUGCAGACGAGGCUUGACGUGUUGGCAAAGGAAGUGAUGGACAG